UUACGAAAAUGUAUUUUUUUAAAAAGUACAUUAUUUUUUUAUAUUUUUAAAAAUCAGCAUUUCAUGCUGUGGCCUUUUGAUGUCGCCAAAGUGCCUCUGUAUUUUCUGGUCCUUAAACGAAAAGACAGUGAAAACGUAGUGUAACCGCAGUGAAAUGGAAGUUCUUACAAAUAUAAAAUACUCCCAUGCAAAAACAAAUCCAGGCCAAGGUUCAGUACACACGGUAACAUGAGCCGCGUGCGUUGCACAAGACGGCCGACUGACAGGUCGGAGUGUGUUUGAGCUCUCUAUCACAGCUCAGACGCUUGCCAUAUGACCUCUGAACCCUGCCGCCGUCUGAGGGACGUGCCAGGCGUCAGAGGUCAUCUGAAUUUCCUGAACACAGACGCGGCUGUAGACCAAGAAUGAUUUAGAGGCAGGGCCGAGUCCUUCACUCUUUUCUUCUCACAAGUACAGGUUCACGGCCUUUCCUUUGAGAACUUCUUUUUUUUUUUUGUUUUACCAGGAAGUGUGUGUGUGUGUGUAAAAAAAAACAUUAACAUCCCUUGUUAACUUUUCUAGUAUGAGUUAAGCUAGCUCAGAGUUACUGAUUUGCAUUUUACAGCAAAAGCUAUGGAUAUUUAGAUAUUUACUUUGUUUUUAUUAUUUAAGGAAAAAUGUCAGAAAUAUUAUGAAAUAUUUGAGAAUAUAUAUAUACAUUGUCAGAAAUCAAUAACGUAACUUUUUUGCUUUAUUAGCGGUUAGCAUGUAAAGAAAGAUUCACUGGUCUCUAGUUAGUUUUAACCAAUAAACUAGUGUAUGUUACCAAACAAAGCUUCAUUGUUUCUUUACCUUCAGUCACGGCUGUUGGUCUGUGUCUUAUUAUUAAAUCUGCGUCUUGUUAUUAAAUAGCAUUUUCAUUAGCCACAGCUUCCAGCCUGUUGACAGACACCUUCUAAUUUUCACACAUACAGUUCAUCCAGGAAAACAUCAGGAAGAUGAAGUAGCACAGAAACAUUAUAUUUAAAAACCAACAAACACAGACCUGAAAUAUUUUGUGUGACCUGUAGAGGGCCCCGCACAGGAGAUGGACUCAUUUGGAGUCUUUUCUAUGAAAAAUAGGCAAAAUUCUCAAGGUCAGUAUUAGUUUUUUUUAACACCCAUUGAAGGAAAGUGCUUCAGAGAUGGAGACAUUUGUGUCAACAACACGUCCAAUAAUAUAUUCAAGAUUGUUCAAGAUUCAAACAAACUGUUCCAUUCCUCACGUGGACGUUUCGCACCAGCUCAAAGUAUCAGUCGGUGUCCGACGACUCCAGGCCAGAUGCAACUUUAUAAGUGAGGCGGCAGAGGAGUUUGCAAGUCCAGCGGGUUAUUUUGGUCCGUCAUGUCACAUGGUUGAGCUAAUGGUUUCUAUUUUCACGACACAAUACUGCUUCAGUCUCCUCAGUCUGAUCUGAAGGAAGAGGGAGAAGGAGAAGGAGAAGGAAGGAGAGAGAGAGAGAGAGGAAAAGAGAGGAGAGAGAAGGGGCAACAUAUGAUCAGCACAUGGGGAUGUCGUAAUUCUGGAUUCAUUAGCAAGACACACUGAAGGAAUCAGGAGGGAAGAGGGGAGGGAGAGUGGAGAGCCCUGAGGAGAAGAGAGGAAGAAGAGGAACAGAGGGAGAAACAGAGAGAGAGAGAGAGAGAGAGAGGGACGGGAGAACGGGAAGUCCAAAAAAAGACAGAGAGAGGGAGAGAGAGAGAGAGAGAGAGAGAGAGAGAGGAGUGAAGGAGCAGACCCUACAUGUGGCCGUGGAGGGAGUGAUCUGGUUAUGGAAGGGGACAAGUUCUCAGCACUCAAACGAUCAUUUGAGGUAGAGGAGACAGACUCGUCCACACAUCCCUCCUCCCUGUCUCGCCGCACCACCAACUCUCUUCGCUCAUCCACUUCCUCCACAUCAAGCCAGCGAAGCUACGAGCUGGGCUCCCGCAACUCCGACUAUUCUUCUGCUAGAUCUUCGCCCUCAGAGUCCUCCAAUCCGCGUUCCCCAAACACCGGCAUGAGGCGCAUUGAAUUGGCAGGAGGUCGAAACCCGGACCUGACCUCUUCUCGCAGGACGGAAAUCUCCAUCGAGGUCUCCUCCAAGCAGAUCGACAACUCUCCCAGCGCUGGCAUUGCCCGCUUUGGCCUCAAACGCCCUGAGGUCAACAUGGCCAGUCGGAAUUCCUCCCUGGACGGCUCUUCCAACUCCAUCUCUGCAAAUCGGCGGCCAGAGCUCGGGAUGACACGGUCCCAUGAGCCGGCUGUUCCUCCAAGGAGGAUGGAUGCCCAGUUGCCGUCCGUUCCUGUCUCUAGGAUCCCUGAGCCCCCCCAGAGAAGAGCAGAGCCCCCGUCUCCCGUCCUCAGCCCUAGUGACGGAGCUUCUCGCAGGCCUGAGAUGCCCAUCUUCAGACAACAAGACAGUUUAGUGUCAGGCAGUGGGAUGGAGAACAACAACCACCCGCCUCCUGCACCAAGUGCUCCUCUGCCUUCCCUGGCAGAGCCCCGGGUGGAGAGGGUCCAGUCACCUGACAUGGAGGUGCCCACAGUUCGACUGACAGACAGGCCAGAGUCGAUCUCCAGCUACAGUGGCAGCACCAUGUCUGAGGCCAUGAUGCCUGACACCGUGGUGUCCUCUGGUGUGGGUGGUAUGUACGGGGAGAAGGCCGGUGGUCCAGUGGACUUCAGUUACGUGGGCAUCGACGCUAUCCUGGAGCAGAUGAGGAGGAAGGCCAUGAAGCAGGGCUUUGAACUCAACAUCAUGGUUGUGGGACAGAGUGGCCUGGGAAAGUCUACUCUGAUGAACACACUCUUCAAGUCUAAAGUCAGCCGCAAAUCUGUGCUGGCCACAGCCCAGGAGAAGAUCCCCAAAACAGUGGAAAUCAAGUCCAUCAGUCACGACAUCGAGGAGAAGGGAGUGAGAAUGAAGCUGACGGUCAUCGACACACCAGGCUUUGGAGACCAGAUCAACAAUGAAAACUGCUGGCAGCCCAUCAUGAAGUUCAUUAACGACCAGUAUGAGGCGUACCUGCAGGAGGAGAUCAACAUCAACAGGAAGAAACGGAUCCCAGACUCCAGAGUUCACUGCUGCAUAUACUUCAUCCCCCCGACCGGACACUGUCUGCGGCCUCUGGACGUAGAAUUUAUGAGACGUCUGAGUAAAGUGGUCAACAUUGUCCCCGUCAUCGCCAAAGCUGAUACACUAACCCUGGAGGAGAGGGACUUCUUCAAAAAGAAGAUCCGGGAGGAACUACAAGCCAACGGAAUCGACGUGUAUCCUCAGAAAGAGUUCGACGAGGACGCAGAGGACAGGAUGAUCAAUGAGAAGAUCAGGGAGAUGAUCCCGUUUGCGGUGGUGGGCAGUGAUCAGGAGUACCAGGUCAAUGGCAGGAGGCUGUUGGGGAGGAAGACCAAGUGGGGUACAAUUGAAGUUGAAAACAUCGCCCACUGUGAGUUUGCUUAUUUAAGGGAUCUCCUCAUCAGAACCCACAUGCAGAACAUUAAAGACAUCACCAGCAGCAUCCACUACGAAAUGUACCGCGUCAGGCGUCUCAACGAGAACAACACGGCGGUGGCUCACACCAACGGCCUCCCAGAACAUCAUCUGACCGCUCACGAGAUGUAGACGCCGCCCUGCCCCGCCCAGCCCGGCCCGGCCCCGCCCUCUUCUGCCACACUUGACCUCAACUGUGUGGGAAUCCAUUGGUAAUGAGACUUUGUCCAUCCGUCAACUCUGCUCCAGCAGAACCUUAAGAACCUGGACCUGAAAGCUCGCCACAGGGACUUGAUUUGACAACGUUAUCGGCGACUGAAUGGACAGACCCUGUGUCGGUUUAGUGCCUCUGACAAACACUACCCUCUCACCGUGGGAGUGAAGAGACCUUUGAAUUCUCCUUUUUUAAACCGUGGUGGGAUUUUUUUUUUGUUUUUGGGGUUUUUUGUUUGUUUUUUUUACUCAUGGUGCCAAAACUUCAGCAUAUGCCAAACAGAACGGUUUGUUUUUCUCUCAAAUCCCUUAGUCAGUAACACGUUAGCCUUGUUUGAGAUGAUUUUUAACGCUGCGUUCAUCAGGAUUGGUGCCGUAUCAGUUUGAAUCCCUUUAUAAACCUGUGUAGUAAGUCUUUGCACUCGAUCACCACGACACGUCAUCGACUGAGGCUGUUGGAGUCACACACACACACACUUAUCUGUCGCCUAAUAGUCGUCUAACAGGUCAUUAAACAGCACAUCAUAUGUUUGAGCUUUGUCUUUUCCUUUUAUGUCUUUUUUUUUUUUGACUCUUGUCUGUUCGUGUCGUGUUCAGUCCAGAUGUUGCGUUUCCCGGUGAUAAAAAUGUUCUCGUUUUUUGAAUAUAAAAAUAUCUUAAGAGUGAUUUAAGAUGAAUUAAUAUUUAUGCACGAGAUAAAAAUGUGAACAUAUGCCAUGAGUUGUGGUCCACUCUUUCAGAUCAUUCACACGAACCAACAAACACAUGCCGCCCUGGUCCUCACCUGGUCCUCACCUGGUCCUGGUCACAGUGCCUUAUUUAUUGGAGACCGUUUGAUCACAUGUUCGCUCCAACUGGAAACAGAGCAGAUUUGUUGAAGCCACAUUUAUAACAUACUUUUCACUUUGUUGUGUUUUUAAGUUUCCCAUAAUAUACCAAGGAACCGUGUUUGAAGCGUAUAUUCGUUCUCUGAGCUGCCGCCGUCGUGCUUUCUCCUGUAUAUUCUUCUGUGUUCUGUUUUUUUUUUACUUGUAUUAUUAAUAACAACAACCCUUUAUCUUAUUUUAAAGAAAUAAAGGUUAAAGUUGUAAAUAU